AUGGCGGACAUCAAGGCUAACGCAACAUGCGGGUCAGAGGAGCCGGAGAUGCACUGUAAACUGGUGGACCAUGUCCCGGGCCAGCCAGUAAGGAACUCCCAGUGCCGCGUCUGCCAUCUGCACAGCACCAAGCCAACAGAACGACAUCCCAUUGAAUUUGCCAUCGAUGGAACAAACCGCUGGUGGCAAAGUCCGUCCAUAAUGAAUGGCGUGGAGUACCACUACGUGACCAUCACCCUGGAUCUGAAGCAGAUUUUCCAGAUCGCAUAUAUCAUCAUAAAAGCUGCUAACUCCCCGCGGCCAGGAAACUGGGUCCUACAGCGGUCGCUCGAUGGUGUGACCUUUGAUCCCUGGCAGUACUAUGCUAUAACUGACACAGAGUGCCUGACACGCUUCAAUAUCACCCCCCGCACGGGCCCCCCCUCAUACACCCGUGACGACGAAGUGAUCUGCACCUCAUUCUACUCCAGGAUCCACCCCCUGGAGAACGGAGAGAUCCACACUUCAUUGAUCAACGGGCGUCCCAGCGCUGAUGACCCUUCCCCCGCUCUGCUGAACUUCACCUCGGCACGCUACAUCCGCCUGGUGCUCCAGCGAAUACGGACCCUCAACGCGGACCUCAUGACCCUCACCCUCCUCGACCCCAAAGAGCUCGACCCUAUUGUGACACGCAGGUACUACUACUCCAUCAAGGACAUCUCUGUGGGGGGUAUGUGCAUCUGCUACGGCCACGCCAAAGCCUGCCCGCUCGACGUCCAGACAAAGAAGUUCAGCUGUGAGUGCGAACACAACACAUGUGGGGAGAGCUGCGAUCACUGCUGCCCGGGAUUCAACCAGCAACCUUGGAUGGCAGGGACCUACAUUACACGCCACGUCUGUGAAAAGUGUAACUGCCAUGGCAAAGCAGACGAAUGCUACUUCAACCAGACGGUGGCAGAGCUGUCUCUGAGCCUGGACACGCACGGAAAGUACAGAGGGGGCGGCGUCUGCAUGGGCUGCCGUGACAACACCGACGGGAUCAACUGUCGGAGCUGCAGACCUGGGUUCCACCGACCAGAAGAGGUCGCCCCAGAGGAAGCCAGGCCCUGUGUGCCCUGCUCUUGUGACCCACAGGGCUCCCUCAGUCAGUGGUGUGUGCCAGAUGUUUCCCAGGCCUCUCCUGAGAGGCCGCUGGGGUCGUGUCGGUGUAAGAAGGGUUUUGGAGGGCUGCACUGUGACAGGUGUGCUGUGGGGUACAAAGACUUCCCGCUGUGUCUCCGUUGUAACUGCAGUUUAGAAGGAAGCACCAACGAGGACCCCUGCGAGUCUCCAUGCGUAUGCAAAGAGAACGUGGAGGGUUCCAAUUGUGACCGCUGUAAACUGGGAUUUUACAACCUCCAGCAACACGACGAGCGCGGCUGCGAGGAGUGCUCCUGUAUGGGCGUGUCCAGCCACUGCUCCGCCUCCUCAUGGAACUAUCACAACGAGAGCAGUCUGCAGGGGUGGAAACUGCUGGGGGAAAGUGGCUCCACAGUGUUGUAUGUGGACAGAGAACCUCCUCCGUAUCUCAGUGUGAGACACAAAGAUGUGCUACAGGAGCUGGGUCCGUCUUACUACUGGAACGCACCAGCGCUCUUCCUCGGAAACCAGCUGUUGGCGUAUGGAGGGACAGUGAUGUUUGCUGUUUCAUACUCUGUGGAGCAGCAGGAGAGGAGCACCGUCAGAGUGACCUCUGAGCCCGACCUAAUCCUCGAGAGCAGCAAGGCCGAACUCAAGGUGCUGCUCCUGGAUGGUUUGGUGGAGAGGGGCUUGCGUUUGAUCCCAGAGGCUGAGAGGUCUGAUGAGAGCAUCGUGCAUGCGACUACCCCGAGACGUACGGAGACGCCUGCGGAUGGCCCUCCCGGAGCGGAGCGUGAGUUUGUAGAGGGCGAUGCGCGGCCUGAACCACCGCGCACUCCUCCUCGCUACGGGCCGCCCUCCCCAGCUCCUUCCUCUCCCGGCUCAGUUGGUGGUGCUCGGCGCGCUUUGCGGCUGGCACGCAUCAAGAUGGAGGCCGAGCAGAAGGAUCGGGACCGCAGUGCCGAGCUCGAACUGCAUAUACGGAGGCUUGAGAUCGAGGCUGACAAAGCUGUGCGCCUCAGACGCCUUGAGCUGGAGGCCGAAGGCCGCCUCCCCAGUCCUACUCAACGCCCGGGCGUCGCUGCACCUGCCACAGCCCUCUCCCCAGCUGUUCAUGACUCUCUUGACCCUGAUCGUCCACGCUCUCCUGGAACCUCCACAAGGGACAGAGUCUGCUUCUACUGCCGCGAGCCCGGACACGUAAUCGCAGACUGCCCUACUCUCAGACAAAAGGAAGAGUGUUCAGCUCCAAACGUUCAGAGCAUUGGGUUAAUUCAAUCUGGCCUAGUAUCACUGAAUGGCGAAGCACCAGAUCAACGCCCCAUCCGUAUCCUACGAGACACUGGCGGUUCCCAGAGCUUGAUUUUGGCCAGUGCUCUCCCGUUUUCAUACCGCUCUUACUGUGGUUACAGGAGUGUGUUACGGGGAGUUGAGAUGGGCUACCGCCCGCGGCCCGUUCACUCUGUUCAUGUCCAGUCAAACCUCGUUACAGGAAAGUUUCCGUUAGCUGUGGUCCCUGCGCUACCCAUUGAAAAUGUAGACAUGAUUUUAUGUAAUGAUUUGGCAGGGGGCAUGGUGUUUCCUCCCCUGUUGGAGGCGGUUCUGUCCCCGCUUGUGUGUGCCUCUGAUCGUCAGAUGCCCACGGGUUGUGCUGUGGCGCACACCCGUCCUCCAGAACAGUGCGGUUGUAGUCUGCCCGCCAGUCCAGUGAAACCACGAGUACCGCCGCACUUUACUCCACCCGCCACUUCUGUACGGAAGCACAAGGCUAGGGCCACCAGGCUUGGGUCAGGCGAGCGGCACUUUCAGCACCAUGGAGAGCGUUUUGGCUCUCGCUCUGCAAGUUUCAGUUCGCGGCCUUGA